AUGUGGACAUGGAUGUUUUCUUCACUGCUUGUUUGUGUUUUGUUGCUGCACAUCAGUGGAUUCCAACAAGAGGACACUCAAGCUGGUUGUAGCACAACUCCCAAUGACCUUGCGUUCAUCAUCGAUGGCUCCUCGAGCUUGGGGAUCCCUAAUUUUGAAACCGCCAAGCGCUGGCUCAUCAACAUCACCAGUGGCUUUGACGUGAGCACCAGGCACACUCAGGUGGCAGUCGUCCAGUACAGCGACACCCCUCGACUGGAGAUUCUUCUGGGAAAGCAUCAGAACAGCCAAGAACUCAUCGAGGCCAUCACCUCCAUCUCGUACCUGGGGGGUAACACACGGACUGGCCGUGCCAUCAAGUUUGCCACAGACCACGUCUUCGGGAUGCCUAACCGCACAUCCCAGUCUCCCAGAAACCGCAUCGCCGUGGUUCUCACCGAUGGGCGCUCGCAGGAUGAUGUUGAGGAUGCUGCCAUGGAGGCCAGAGCACAGAAUAUUGUUCUGUUUGCAGUCGGUGUGGGAAAUGAGAUCACUAACUCUGAAUUGGUGUCUAUGGCCAACAAGCCACCUUCUACGUACGUGCUGCACGUGGAGGACUAUAAAUCCAUUGCAAGCAUAUGGGACCUGAUGGAGCAGAAACUGUGUGAGGAAUCAGUGUGUCCAACGCGGAUCCUUGGGACAGUGAACGAUCAGAAGGGCUUUGAUCUAAUGAGCCUGAUGAAGAUUGAGCAGGUGGCUCAGAAGGUUCAGGGCUCUUUGAUAUCAGAAAGAGCGUCUCAGCUCAGCCCUCGUAUGAACAUCACCCACAACACCAGAGAGAUCUUUCCAGAAGGCCUUCCGCCAGCUUUUGUGUUUGUGGCCACUUUGCGCUUGAAGAACCCAGCUCACUGGAUGAAGUUCGACCUGUUAAGGGUGUUGUCUCAGGACGGGGUUAAGCAGAUCGCCGUGACUUUGAACGGAGCUGACAAAUCGGCCACUUUCACCUGCACCAGCACUCUGAAGAAAGAGCAGACAGUCAUAUUUAACGACCGAGGCAUCAAGAGGCUCUUUGACACAGAUUGGCACCAGCUGAAGUUCCUGGUGAAGCACAAACGCAUCACUUGUUUCAUAGACGGCGCAUACGUGGAGGAGCAGCUCCUAGAUCCAGUUGUUCCCAUCUACAUUAAUGGAAAGACUCAGGUCGCCAAGAAAAUCAAUAUUGAGACUACAGUCCCUAUAGUGCUGCAGAAGUUACGGAUCUACUGUGAUCCCCAGCAAAGUGAGAGAGAGACAGCGUGUGAAAUUUACUCUGUGAAUAAUGACAGGUGUCCUUCGGACCGCUCUCCUGCUGUAGAAGGUUGUGACUGUCCUAGUGGUAAACCUGGUCUGCCCGGUCUACCUGGGUCUAUGGGUUUCAGAGGGGAGAAAGGCAGAGAAGGACCUCCUGGCCCUGAUGGUAAACCUGGGAAACCAGGAGAAAAGGGAGCAUCUGGAGAGCCUGGUCGAGAUGGAGAGAAAGGUGAAGCAGGUGAACCAGGACAAAAAGGGGAGCGAGGGCAGGAAGGACCUAAAGGUGAAAUGGGACCACCAGGGCCUUCAGGACCAACAGGCACUGGCUUUUCCAAAUUGGAUUUUGAUGACUUGGGAAUUCAAGGAAGGAAGGGAAUCCCAGGAGAACCGGGGGAAAUGGGGCCACCCGGAAAACCUGGACUGAAUGGUGAACCUGGGACACCUGGUCUACCUGGACUUGCUGGUCCCAAGGGAGAGAAAGGAGAUGUUGGUGUGGCAGGAUCAGAUGGACAACCAGGAAUCCCUGGUAUACGGGGGCUUCCUGGAGAGAUAGGCCCGGCUGGACCUCAAGGUGAGCGAGGCAUGCCAGGACCAGCAGGUUUUACUGGACCAACAGGGCAGCAGGGACCCCCAGGCCCAGUUGGCCCACCUGGCAUAGAAGGCCCUCCAGGUCCAAAAGGGAAUUCUGGCUCUAGCGGACAGGAUGGGCUCCCUGGACCACCUGGUGCUAAAGGUUCAGAUGGAGAGCACGGCAUUCAAGGUCCCCCUGGCAUUAGAGGUCUACCAGGGUUUAAAGGUUAUAAGGGUGACUCAGGAUCAUCUGGACCAAAGGGAAGUCAGGGCAAGAAAGGAAACCAGGGAGAACCUGGAGUUGCUGGAAAACAUGGUGAACCGGGCCUGAAAGGGAACAAAGGAGAGCCAGGUGUAGCAGGGGAGCCUGGGAGCAGAGGGGCUGAUGGGAAAAAGGGAGAUAUGAGUCCAUCAGGGCCACCUGGAUCUCAAGGCUUUCCAGGACUAGAUGGGUUACCAGGGCAACCAGGACUUCCAGGUUACCCAGGGAAACCAGGCAAAGCACCUUCUGAAGAGCAGUUGAUGAAGAUCUGUGCUUCUGUGCUACAGAGGUAUCCUGGCAGGGCGGGGUCUCCAGGAUACCCGGGACCUCCUGGGAGGAGGGGACCUGAAGGGGUAAAAGGUGAUAUUGGCCCAAUGGGUAUGAAAGGUGCUAAAGGACAGGGUGAAAUGGGGUUGCCAGGUCCACCUGGCCCAGCAGGUUUGCAGGGCCCACGUGGGGAUGACGGUGAGGGAUAUCCUGGGCCUUCUGGUCCACCAGGGAAACCUGGCACUCCGGGCACCCCAGGCAAACGUGGGCCACCGGGGCCCAUGGGGGUUUGUGACCUGUCCUCUUGUUAUCAAACCUAUGGCUUUCGGAACAAUCCUUUCAGGAAAGGACCUAACUUUUAG